AUGAAGUCUUCCCGAAAUUAUGGGAGCGAAAAUGAAGAGACCGACUUCAUUCGCCGGGUGGCCGCUCCGGACCGGCCCAACGCCAGGCGUCGACAGAAAAAGCGUCUGGCAAUAGCAGGAGCAGCGAUGCUGUUGGUCGGCGCGACGGCGAGCCAAAUGGCAGCGAAUUUGGUGGUUCCGGACUUUGUGGAGGCCAUGGGCGACCCGUAUUUCCCCAGUUUCGACGAACUGGACGGAGAUGGAGACGGCGUUGUGGCCUACGCAGAGAAUAUGAAGGAUCUACACGAGGUUUGGGACAAGGACCGAGUGGAUAUCGCAAACUCCGACCUUCCCGACAUCGUCAAGCAGGACUUGAAUAACGAGCUGGACGACAAGGUCGCGAGCGACUCGGCUUGCGUCAAGAAGGCCAUGGUUCCGGUAGACGAAGAAGAGGACGUUGACGUUUGA